CGCCCGGCCCGGCCCCGCUCCCUCCGCUCCGCCUCAAGAUGGCGCCGCGCGGCCCUGCGUGGCCCCGGCAGGGGCGGGCCGCGCGUGCGCGGCGGGCGCCGCCGGCGGGAAGAUGGCGGACGAUAAGGACUCGGUGCCCAAGCUGAAGGACCUCGCCUUCCUGAAGGACCAGCUGGAGAGCCUGCAGCGGCGGGUGGAGGACGAGGUGCAGGCGGGCGUGGGGCAGGAUGGCUCGCUGCUGGCCUCUCCCUUCCUCAAAGGCUUUCUGGCAGGCUAUAUCGUAGCCAAACUUCGCUUUUCGGCGGUCCUAGGAUUUGUGGCCGGCACCUGCACGGGAAUAUAUGCAGCUCAGAACUACGCGGUUCCCAACGUUGAGAAGACAAUCCGGGACUAUUUCAGUUCUCUGAAAAAAGGUCGGGACUAGAGAGGAGCCCUUUGGCAGAGGUCACUCUCUAGAAGCAGCUCUUCUCAGUUAGACAGCAGGAGCAGAAGGUUCCCAGGGCUUUCGAGGACAGCAGUCACAUACACCUUUCUUUUCCACUGGAAAAAUGCUUUUUAUCAGAUACCUAUGAGACAUCAGCAGGUCUGAUUCUGGGAUAUUUAUUAGAGUAUCAAGAGAGAGGAGAUUCCUCUGUUCAUCAUAGCUUAGAAGCAUCAGCAGCCAAGUGCUUGCCAGCUGCCGUUUCCCCUUGCCUCUCCCCCUGCUCCCCUGUGGAGUGAGAAGCUGUCGGUGACAUGUCAUCGCGUUGACCGCCCAUGUGCCCUUCCCUCCAGUGAUGACUGUGCCCGAGGAACAUGCUUUUGUGGCUUCCUGGGAAGGCCUGAAGCGCUCUCCUGAAUGAAGAACAAAACCGUUCCCUUCCACUACACCAGAAAUGUAAUGGCUAGCAUGUCUUAAUCGAACUCAUUAAAUUUGUGGUAUUUGA